ACCUUGGUGGGGAAACGAGAUUCACCCUGUGAAUGUUAUACGCAGAGAGAUAGCUCUACCUGUGAAGGGUUUUUGUAGAUAAACCGUAAAACCCUAUCGAAGAUCAUCAUUCGAUCAAUCAAUUCAGCAUCUAGAAACCUAAAACUGGGAGCGAGACCAAUCAGGUAAUUCUUCGUCUAUCUCUGUUCUCUAAUUUUAUUUACAUUCACUUGUUUAUGUAAACUGAUAAUGGAGCCCAGACUGUCGCUUUCUUCUACUAAAGCCACUGCAUAUACGUCUUUACCUUUCUUGGUGUCCUACAAAUCUUCUUCUCUCGAAAAGCCUCAACUUGGUUGUAAAUCUUAUCUCUUAUUUAGAACAGUACAAGCAGAGCAGUCUGAGUUUCUGGGCAAACGUUUGGUCUUGCCAGAGAAAAUUAAUUAUUUGGGUAAUAUGAGAAAAGUCCGUGUCCCUUUUGAACCAGUAAGACCUGCUGUGAAGAGUAGGAAAGAGCUUGCCUUUGAGAGUGUAAUUCGAAGGGACAAGAAGCUCAAAUCGGCGUUAAAGAUUAGGAAGGUUCUAGUGAGACAACCUGAUGGAAUUAUGUCACUUAGGCAAUUGAGUAAGUUCAGAAGAGAAUUAGGUGUCACAAAAAUAGGUAUGUUCAUUGCUUUGUUGAAGAAGUUCCCGGCAGUAUUUGUCAUUAUAGAAGAAGGGGUAUCUUCGUUGAGAUUCAAAUUAACACCUGAAGCCGAAAGGCUCUACUUGGAGGAAUUAAAGGUUGAGAACGAAAUGGAAGAUUUGUUGGUCACGAAAUUAAGGAAAUUGCUGAUGAUGUCCUUAGACAAGAGGAUUUUGUUGGAGAAAAUUGCUCAUUUGAGGUCUGAUUUUGGGUUACCUUUGGAAUUUCGUGACACUAUUUGUCAUAGAUACCCCCAAUAUUUCCGUGUUGUUGCAACUAGAAGAGGUCCUGCUUUGAAAUUAACUCAUUGGGAUCCCAAGCUUGCUGUAUCGGCUGCUGAGUUAGCCGAGGAUGAAGUUCGAGCUAGAGAGUUGAAAGAAAAAAAUUUGAUUAUUCAUGGACCACUUAAGUUCAAUAGAGUUAAGCUUCCAAAGGGUCUUAAUCUUUCUAAGCGUGAAAUGCAAAAGAUUUCUCAGUUUAGAGAUAUGCCUUAUAUAUCCCCUUAUGCAGAUUUUUCAGACUUGAAAUUGGGUACACGAGAGAAGGAAAUGCAUGUUUGUGGGGUUGUGCACGAGAUUUUGAGCCUGACUGUUGAGAAGAGAAUUCUUGUGGAGGACCUCAUUCAAUUUCGAGAGGAGUUUAGAUUCUCUCAGCAACUGAGGGAGAUGCUGAUAAGGCAUCCCGAUUUGUUCUAUGUGUCCUUUCAAGUUGAUGGGGACUCAGUUUUCCUCAGGGAAUCUUAUCGUGAUUCUAAAUUGAUGGAUAAGAAGGAUCGACUGUUGGUUGUCAGAGAGAAAUUUCGUGAUCUUGUAUCUGUUCCUAGAUUCCCGAGGAGGAAUGCUCCCAGGAAAGAUAAUGAUAGUGCUAAAGAUCAAAGUGACAAGGAUGGAGAGGGAUGGUCUGAUAUUGAUGAUUAUAUAUAACUGAUGAUGAUUAGACCGAUGAAGAUGAUAAUACACAGCCAGAUUUUGGUGGAGAUGAUGGAACUGUGAAUGAAACAGGUAGAUAAGUUAAUGAAGGAUGAAGAGAAAGUGCUAGUCCCUCUGCUUCCUGAUGGUAGGCCGAGAGGGAGCUGGUAAAAGGACGCAAAUUUCUUUAUGCUGUGUCGCUUUAAUUCUACAGACAUUGGCCCGAGGCUCAUCAUUUGCUUUAAAAUGUAAAGCCUGAAACUUAUUCAGCAAUUUAAAGGAUUUGGCCAUUAUUAGGGGAACUGAUUGCCAGUGGGAAAGGAUAAAUCAUUUAUCAUGUUUCUGAUUUUUAACUUGACGAUUCUUUUUCUUCAAAUAUUCUAAGUAAAACAUAAGUCAUUGCGAUACAUUUGUACAAAUAUGCUUUCCAUUUACUGAAAAGUGCCAUUACUAUUCA